GCCAUCCAAUAUGGCAGCCUCCAUGUGCUCGACAUGUCUCAGAAAUUCCUACACUAAAUUGCUGAAUAGAGUCGCAUUUAAAACUACACGGAAUGUCAGUUUAUCAAGUGCAUGUCGGAUUCAUACCCAUACACCUUCAGUAGUUCAUGGACCUGGCAGUGCCAGCACUUUGCUGAAAUUUAGAGGAAGCUUCAGACAACCCGUGCAGUUUUACUCUUCUCAGUCUACCACAGACCAGAAUGAAGACCAAAAAGAAGAUAUUGCAGAAGAGGGAGCUGAAGAGCAAGAAGAAUACCAUACAAUUAUGAAGGGUACGGAGAGAGGGAAAGGACCUAGUUCAAGUCAUGAGUUUCAAGCUGAGACGAGGAAACUGCUAGAUAUCGUAGCAAGAUCUCUCUACUCUGAAAAAGAGGUGUUUAUCAGAGAACUUGUGUCCAAUGGCAGUGAUGCUUUAGAAAAGUUGCGCUACAUGCAGAUGACUGAUGCUGAGAUUUCUGAUCCAGACUUGCCAUUGGAAAUUGAUAUUGAAGUUGAUGCUAGCAAGAAGACAUUUACAAUACAGAAACUACACAGGCUUAAGCACUCAUAUUAUGAGCUUUUCAAGUGCAAUACUGAAGGUGGUGUCUGUCAAGGAGUGGCACUAUAUCAAAAAGCACAACUGAGCAAUGUUCAGUGCAAGUCCUAUGACCGACCCAAGUACACAUUACAGUAUAAGGCUGAUGCUCCCCUGAAUAUAAGAGCAUUGUUCUAUGUCCCAGAUGCUCCAAUGGCUUGGGAGAUGAGUCGCGAGCUGGAUGCUGGCGUCAUGCUGUACAGUCGCAAGGUGAUGAUCAUGAACCAGGCGAAGGGUGUGAUGCCAAAGUGGCUGCGAUUUUUACGAGGUGUGGUGGACAGUGAGGACAUCCCUCUCAACCUGAGCAGAGAACUUCUUCAAGACAGUGCUCUCAUCAGGAAACUAAGAACUGUGCUUACUAAUAGACUGGUGCGUUAUUUUCUGGAACAAGCCAAAAAAGAUCCUGAAAAGUACAAGGAAUUCUACAAGGACUAUGGCAUGUAUUUUAUAGAGGGUAUUCUUAACACCCAGGAUCAACAGGAGAGGGAAGACAUAGCCCGACUGCUGCGGUUUGAAUCAUCCACUAAGCACCCUGGAGAGACCACGAGUCUGUCAGAGUAUGCGGAAAGAAUGGAAGCUGGUGCGAGGACCAUUUACUACUUCCAUGCUCCGAGCCGUGAGCUUGCAGAAACAUCUCCAUACUUUGAAGCGGUCAAGGAGAAGGGCCAUGAAGUUCUCUUCUGUUUCAAUCCUUAUGAUGAGCUGGUGCUUCUGACUCUGCAACAGUUUGACAAGAAGAAUCUCCGAUCGAUUGAGACGGAAAUGGCAGCAGAUCAAACAGGGACAGACAAAAUCGAUAGUUCAGAUGCAGACAGUUUGAAGCAGGAAGAGGCAGAUGCUCUGAUAAGCUGGAUAACUGCGAGAAUGGGACAAAAGAUUGUGAAAGCCAAGAUCACAAAUCGCCUGGUUUCCCAUCCAGCAGUGAUUUCUGUCAUGGAGAUGGGAGCUGCGCGCCAUCUUUUGAAAACCAGCUUACUUGGACGCUCAGAUGAAGACAAAUACCGUUUGCUGCAAGCAACUCUAGAAAUUAACCCAAAACAUCCUAUUAUCAGAAAACUUUCCACACUGAAAGACUCAAACCCAGACUUGGCCAAUCUUCUAGCAGAUCAG